CAGCAUCUGUCUGUGACCAUGGAGGCCAGAGCGCUCUGGCUGCUGGCAGUGAUCCUGACCUUGGUGUCCAGCUCGUCUGGGCAAUAUGUGGGCCUGUCGGAGAGCCAGUGCGCCGUCUUGGCCACCGACCGGGUAGACUGCGGCUACCCCGAGGUCACCUCCGAGCAGUGCAAGAGCAGCGGCUGCUGCUUCGACUCCAGCAUCUCCGGGGUGCCCUGGUGCUUCAAGCCUCUGCAGGACACAGAAUGUACCUUUUGAAGCCAUGCCCACCUCCCCAGACACAUCGGGAGAUGAUUUUCCACCCCCGGAGCCCUGUCUGCUCAUCUCUGCUUUUCUGCUCCAGGCAAGGCCUUGGCUGAAACCUAAUGCCUGGGCCUGAGACUCCCAGAAUAAAAAUCCACACCCAGCA